CUUCUUUCUCUGCCAGUCAAUGGUGAUCACAAGCAGAAAUCUGGAUGGCCCCUGUCCUUGCACAAUGCAAUGACUGCAAGAAAUAGAUGGUGCCUGGCUUGCUAGGCAUUCUGUCAGUGAGCUGAACACAGAGAAGGUAGAACAGCUAACAGAGCAUGCAUACCCUAGGCUGGAGAGAGAGAGAGAGGGAGAGGGAGAGAGAGGGAGAGAGAAAGAGAGAGAGAGAGAGCAAGAGAGAGAGGGGCAGGGACUAGGGGAGUGACCACUGCACAUCCAUCAGAAGCAGCCUGAUGCUUCCACCAGUCCAACCCCCACCUACAAGGAAAACAACAUUGCGACCCUGGUGAGGGGGUUUCAUGCCAGAAACACAAUUUAGAAAAAAACUUCAAGCUUUUUUUUAUUUUAUUUUUCCUCUUCCCUUUAAAUCUUGCAUGCAAAGGCUGCCAAAAAAAAGAAAAAAGAAAAAAUGAACAUUGCAGUGUGAGUGUCCUCUGUAGGAUUGCAGCAUGUGCAGAAGUAGCUGUUUCUAAAUCAUGAAGUGUGCUUCUUUCACUUCCAGCGAUUCCCCCAUUCAUCAGCUCUCACAGAAGCAGAUCGAUGGUCCUGUAACCUAUCGCUUUCCAGUGUCCUACAUGCAGGUUAAAUGAAUACCUGACGAAAGGGCCCACGUUUCAAGACAGUGACAUCUGAUAGCCAAGAGGAAAAGUGGCUUUAAUGAAAAUCAACCUUUGGAAUUCCCGAUUGUGAAAUAUCCCAUUCCACAGCUUGUGUUAGCAGCAAAGACAUGAUCAGCAGCACCAGUGUAUAUGGCUUGAAGAUGCAGUGGACGCCAGAGCAUGCUCAGUGGCCAGAACAGCAUUUUGAUAUAACUUCAACCACUAGGUCACCAGCCCACAAAGUUGAAGCAUAUCGAGGUCACUUGCAGCGUACCUAUCAGUAUGCCUGGGCCAAUGAUGACAUCUCUGCUUUAACAGCAUCAAAUCUGCUAAAGAAAUAUGCAGAGAAAUAUUCUGGAAUUUUGGAUGGUUCCAUGGAACGACCCAUUCUAAGUAAUUACACUGAAGCUCAAUCAGGUCUUGUAAAUGGCCGGAAAAAUGAAGGUGAACCUUGGCAGAGUUCCUUGAACCCUGAGGGUGUAUAUCCUAUGAACUGUGUUGCUGAUGUUAUUGCAGCAAGCAAAGCUGGAGUGGGAGCUGCAUCCGAUGUUUCUGCCAGCAUAGGUAGUUCUCCUGGGGUGGGAAGCAACCUGACAGAAUCUAGUUAUUCCAGUAGUACAUGUGGAAGUCACACAGUACAAAGUCUGCAUUCAGGGCUACCAUCUCAGGAAUAUGGAGCAGGAUACAACGGAUCCUACCUGCAUUCAAGUUACAGUAGCCAGUCUGCCUCUGCACUGCAAUCACCUCACCCAUCUCCACUUCAUAGCUCUGGACUUCUACAACCUCCUCCUCCACCUCCACCUCCAUCAGCUUUAGUGCCAGGCUACAAUGGGGCCUCAAACCUAUCAAGCUACAACUAUCCACCUGCUGCUUAUCCCCCGCAAUCCACUGUUGGCUCAGGCUAUAGUCCUGGAAGUGCACCUCCUCCCUCAGCUUACCUCCCUUCAGGCAUUCCUGCUCCUACUCCUCUUCCUCCCACUACUGUACCUGGCUAUAGCUAUCAGACCCAUGGGUUGACCCCGAUAACACCGUCUUCUUUGUCUAACAGUUCUGCCAGCUCUCUUAAAAGAAAAGCUUUCUACAUGGCAGGGCAAAGCGAUUUAGAUCCCAGCUAUGGAAAUUAUAGUUACAGUCAACAAAGAACCUCACAUAGCCCUAUGUAUAGAAUGUCUGACACAAGUAUUUCUAAUUCAAAUAGGGGAAAUGGCUUUGAUCGAAGUUCUGAAACAACAUCCUUAGCCUUCAAGCCAACAAAACAGAUGGGACCUGGUGACCAGCAAAGAAAAUUUACCAGUCAGUCAACUAGAGCUCUCACCCCACCUUCAUAUAGCACUGCUAAAAAUUCAAGAUCAAGUGAAACUUUUGGAAAAUACAACUCUUCUGCAAUUAGUGAGCACAGUGAUGACCACAGGCAAAUGCUCCCACACUCUCUACAAGGCACUGGAAUUCAUACAGCUACCUCAUCCAACCACUCUGUGGACGAACAGCUGAAGAAUACCGAUACACACCUCAUUGACCUUGUAACAAAUGAAAUUAUCAGCCAGGGACAUCCAGUUGACUGGGAUGAAAUUGCUGGCCUUGAUUUAGUGAAGGCCUUUAUAAAAGAAGAAGUCUUAUGGCCUGUAAUUCGGUCAGAUGCAUUCAGUGGACUCACUGCUUUGCCUCGGAGCCUUCUUUUAUUUGGACCUAGGGGGACAGGCAAAACUUUACUGGGCAGGUGCAUAGCUAGUCAGCUGGGUGCCACAUUCUUUAAACUUUCUGGCUCGAAUAUUGUCACAAAGUGGAUAACUGAAGGUGAAAAGAUUGUUCAUGCAACAUUCCUUGUUGCAAGGUGUCGGCAGCCCUCAGUGAUUUUUGUUAGUGACAUUGACAUGCUUCUCUCUUCCCAAGUGAGUGAAGAACAUAGUCCUAUAAGUAGGAUGAGAACAGAAUUUCUUAUGCAGUUAGAUACUGUUCUAUCUUCUGCUGAGGACCAAAUAGUUGUAAUCUGUGCCACAAGUAAACCUGAAGAAAUAGAUGAAUCUCUACGGAGAUAUUUCAUGAAAAGACUUCUUAUUCCCCUUCCUGACAGCACAGCCAGACAUCAGAUAAUAAUACAACUGCUAUCACAGCACAAUUACUGUCUCACUGACAAAGAGGUUGCACUCCUUGUCCAGCGCACAGAAGGUUUUUCUGGACUGGAUGUGGCUCGUUUGUGUCAGGAAGCUGUGGUAGGCCCUCUUCAUGCCAUACCACCUUCAGAACUUUCAGCCAUUAUGCCUGGCCAGCUGCGACCUGUAACAUAUCAAGACUUUGAAAAUGUAUUCUGCAAGAUUCAGCCUAGCAUAUCACAAAAAGAACUUGAUACAUAUAUUGAAUGGAACAAAAUGUUUGGGUGCAGUCAGUGACAGACUUGAAAUGCUGGCACACAAACAUAGAUGAUAUAGGGAACUAAAUCCCUUUUUGGCAGUGGCCUAACUGUUUAAGGUACCAAGACAGCCCAAGUAACCUUGCAUCUGAAGAGUGGUGGUAGACUUGAAAUAAAUGUGCAUCAAACAGCCAAUGUUCUAAAUUGAAUCACAUGGGACAAUGGGUUGUUGAUGCUUAGUUGUGUUCAAGCAAGCCAACACUCUGAAAGACGUAGGGUGGAAGUAGGUUGGCAUUGGAAGGACGUGAACCUGUGUGUUGAUUCCAUUCUGCUGUUCUUGAGAUUUAGUUGCUGUCAAGUGCCUAAACUGGUGCUUUAUUUUAUGUUUUUGUUUGCCUCACAAUUACAUUGGUGGCAUGUGCUAAUAUGAAAAGCUUUAACUUCAAACACUACUGGACUAUAGAUGAACAACUGAGUUAAAAAACAGAGAACCAGAUUUCUGCCAUUGUACGAGCAACAGUAUUCCUCAAUCCCCUCUGUUCUGCGGAACAGUAAAACAGGGAAAAAAAUAAUCUGGACCUUAAUUUCUGCAGUUUCUUUAUGUUAAUGUUCUGUCUGCAAAAAUGACAAAAAAAAAAAACUCAGGAAAGUUGAUUUGUACAGUACCUCAAAGGAAUGUGUUGAAAGCACUAUUUACUGCUGAGCAAGAUGGUUGGUGUCAUUGUUGCUUUAUAUUAUAGUGUAUGUUUACCUCAAAAAUUGGAAAGUGGCAUGGAAAAUUACUUUGAAUGUAUUUGGUUGACUCUAAAGAAAAAUGGCUGAUGUAUCGUCAUGUUAAUUUGUAGCUCAUAUCUCCCUAUGUAAAUUAAACCUUAUUAAGAAUUGCCAGUUAUGAUAUUAAAUCAAAGACAUUUUCUAGAGUAAGUUGAGAGGAUGUUCUUUUUUGGAUUUUACUUUUAUGGUUCAAAAGAAAGUGUCCUAAAUUAACUCAGCUUCAGUCUAACAGCUGUAAAGAUAAUGGUGACUGGCUUUAUUACCUGAAUUAUUUUUACAAAUAUUUUGUAGUAAGCUUUGACACUGUAGAUAGCCUUUGAAUUUCUUGGCUAUAUAUUAGUUUCAACAUCAUAUGUUGUGUAAACUUCCAGUUGCCACAUUGGUCAGGAAGACCAGCAAAUUGGCUGUAGUCUAUCUAAUUCAUAGGCACAUUCAAGAAUGUUAAUUUAAAUUUAAGUAAUUUACCUAAAAAAUACAAUAUGUGUAAUAACUAAUUAUUAAGGAUUAGGGGUGGUAUGCAAAGCUGCAAAGUUCCAAAGUCUAAUUCAGUGAGGCUGAAUCGUUCUUAAUCAAGACACUGCAACCAAAAACAUGGAAAGUAAAUAGCAUUUUAAGAGGUGUUUUGUAUUAUUUGUUUUCAUUUUGAAUAAAAAAUUGUAAUAUGGGGAUCUUGUUGCUAUGUGUGGUUUAGAAGACAUACAUUUUUAACAUGUUUGACCAUCAUUAGCCAACAAGAGAAAUCUUGAAUUGCACGAAUAGACUUUGAAAGUCUUAAUAAACCAUAUGCCCUUUCAUCUCUAAAUAACUAUCUUGCUGAUGCUCUUUUUUUUCCAAACUGGAAAAGUUAGCUUUAUUGGAUAAUUUUAAUUUUACAAAUAUACCACUUUGUUUUAUAUGUUAAUAGUGAAAUAUAUUGUGUGAAAAAUGCCCCGAGUUGCUAUUUUUUUAAGACAGCCUCUAUAGACUUCAAAGAGUCAACCCUUGUUUUUAAUAGUUGUAUUAUUUGUAUUAUUUUCCUGUGUACAUUCACUGUGUAUUUUACCUUGUUUGAAUGCUGUCUAAUACUUAUGACAUUUUUUCCUUUUUUUUCUAUCCCUGCUAACUUUUACCAUCCUCAAUUGUGUCUUGGUUUUGUUUAUUUUUGUGGUUUAUUUGUUCACUACUUAUAAUGACAGCUAAUUGAUGUUGGGUGAUGUCUCUGGUCGAGGAGCAGUGUACAGGCUACAGAUGUCCAUGCCUGCCAACUCAUAAACAGAACAACCUGGCUUUUUUGAAUGUAAUGUUUUGUUUACUUUAAAUGGAGACAGUAACAAUGCUGUUUCAAAGCACUGGCUAUUGAUGUACAUUUAAGAAAUUAAAUAAAUGCACUGAACGUCGUAAAGAAGAAUUUACAUUACAUUUUUUGGUUCUUUUGUUUCUGCAAACAUGGGUUUAAACUAACUAAACAAACAUCAUCUUGCACAUCCAAAGAAACAAUCACUUUGAAAAUUUAAUCUGUUUUCCAAAAAUAAAGGGUACCAAUAAUAUUAUUCCGAU